CCUUGACCGUCACCACUUUCUAAAUAGACCUAGACCUACACCUACAAGGUAUUAAGUCUUCAACCUUUAUUUGUUAGAAAUUUCCCAGACGCCUACGCCAUUUGUAUCAAGAAGAAGAAGAAGAAGAUGCUAAAAAUAUCUGGCAAGCUUCAAGAAUUUGGCAAUUUUGUGCAAAAAGAGGUGAUAUUACCUCUCAGUCAGUUGACUGCUGCACAGAAGGCGUCCUGUGUAUGUCUGGGGACGCAUACAGGUCUCUUUCCGGUCCCCUUCUCAACGAUGCUGUGCCUCUCAUUGCAUCUGUUCUUGCUCGGGACUUUACGGAAGUGUCUGGAAGACACAAAACCUAAAGUAUUUUCAAAAAAGGCAGAACUAGAACACGAAGCGGCCGAUCUUUCAGACUGUUGUUCCGGAAGCAGCUCGUCAAGCCCUCGAAGCAAAUCAUGCAGAAGGAGAGCGAGUCGUUGCCUGAACGCCCUCUUCUCGCCCUCGAUUACCGUGAUCGCGGGAAUCGCCUCUGCUAUAAAUCUGUCCGUCGUUAAGGCAGACCACGUGAUGUUGAAAUACUGAUCAUUUAGACAUGUUGACAAAAGAUCUGAUGUUGUCGUUUCUACAGGGCACACGAGGACAACCUUCCUGUGAUCAAGGCUCUCGAGUACCUGGACCUCGUUCUCAUCUAAGGCAACCCCUCUCCAACUUGUGCUGAUGCCGAUCUACGUACACGUUGGCAACGUCCUGUUUCGCUUCGGACGCCAGGACAACAAAGUAGCGAAUGUUGUUGAAGAUGAUCAGCAGCUUUUCUCAGGUUGGGAUUCUGCGAGAGAAAAGGGGACCUGGAGUACACUCGAGUACCUGAUACUAACAUUCAGCGGAGCGAUCGUUGCAUGGAGUCUAGGUAUGGCCGUGUACUAGUUGCCACUGAUUGAGAGUGUUGAGAUGAUGAUGACGGCUGAAGCAAAGAGAUGAUGAAGCAAAGAGAUGAUCUUCAUCUUAUUCUUUCCCCUUGUGCAGUAAGUCAUGCUGGUGCCUCGUCAGGCGCCUUGCCUUUGCUUCAGCCUCUCGUGCUCUCAAUCAGAGGCUCCACGUUGUUCAUGCUAUUGGGGGUAGUUGUGAACAUUGUUCUGUUUGCUGUUGUCUACAUCGUUGCCACCAAGGCAUCUUCCAGUAGAAAUACAAACGCUCACGCUAAGUCAGAGUAGUCGCAGUCUGUGAAAAUGAGUUGACUGCCUACAAUGAAACAGCGUGACAGAAAUUGAAAAAAAUCAUGAUGACGCAGGAUCCUUUAAAAUCUACAAUCAAACAAGUGGACAAGCGCACCAUUUUGCGAAGGAGUAGAUGAAGCAAGUCCUCCUGCUACUGUCUGACUCAUCUUGGAUUCAGACUCAGGAAUUGCAUGAGUAAAAG